UACAGCUAUACAAAUAGCAUCAAAAUCAUUAUUGGAAUCUAUAGGAGAAAUUUAUGAAAGUCAAUGGUCUGGACACGAUUUACUAUUUAUGCAAACACAAUCUGUAGAUAUGCUAUGGCAAGACUUCAACCACAAAUUGGCCGAUCAAGUUUUGAUACCACUCAAUACGUACCAAGGGCAAUUUUCAGAAAUGAGGAAAAAAAUAGAUAAAAGAGGCCGCAAAUUAGUUGACUAUGAUAGCCAAAGGCAUAACUUUCAGGCUUUGCAAUUAGGCAUGACUAAAAAGAGAGACGAUGUGAAAUUAAAUAAAGGCCGCGAACAGUUGGAGGAAGCGAAAAGGACUUACGAUAUGCUAAAUUCGGAAUUGCAUGAUGAAUUACCAGCUUUAUACGAUUCAAGAAUACUUUUCCUUGUAACAAACUUACAGUCCUUAUUUAGUGCCGAGCAGGUGUUUCAUACUGAGAAUGCAAAGGUGUUUGCAGAGCUAGAGGCCAUUGUAGAUAAAUUAGCAACCGAAAGUCAGAGGGGUUCGUACAGCGUUAAAAAAAGUAAUGGAUCAACUUUACCAAGAAAUACAAUUAAUAAUUCACCUGUAAUCAAUAAUAUAUCACCUCCACCCAUAAGCAGUAUUCCAGGAAAACCCGCUGAAGAGCCUGCAUCACCCAUCACUACUAAAAUCCAAAACGAUAACGAUAAAUCCAUUUCUUCACAAUCUGAAGAAUCAAACGCAGUGCCUAUAAAAACUCUUCCGCAUUCUAAUUCCCCACCAGCUACUCCCGAAGCACCUAUUAACUCUACACCGCCACUCGAUAAAUCCGAAUCUAAUAAUGUAGAUGGCUGCAAUAAUCCUAUAUUGCUCUCCAAAGCAAGUGAUGUUAAGACUCAUGUUGACAAUAAAACAGCAACUAAUACAAAUGAUACUGAAACUUCUCACACCAAACAUACUGAAGAACUGUAUGACAUUCCUGUGGGUGCCACCACUGAUAAUCUACCAUCUGGAGUUUUGUAUAGAGUGAAAGCAACUUACAAGUAUGCCAGAGAAGAUGCAGAUGAGUUAUCGUUUGAUGUUGAUGAAAUUAUUCAAGUUGUGGAAUAUGAUGAUCCAGAAGAACAGGAAGAAGGAUGGCUAAUGGGAAUUAAAGAAAAUAACGGAGAGAAAGGUAUGUUUCCAGCAAACUUUACAAAGCCAUUGUAGAUUGUCUUGUUUUUA